UUUCCAAUUCCUCUCGUUUCCGUGCGCCUCCUCUCUCUCUCUCCCUCUCUCUCUCUCUCUCUCUCUCUCCAGCGUAUCCCCUCUCUCGCGCUCUUCUCGCCUCUUCCGCGCGAUAAACCCUAGCCCCCAUCGCCCGCUCGACAUCUCACCCCUUCCUCGGAAUCGUCGAUUCGAGUUCUCUCCAUCAUUAUCCUGGGCUUUUGAUCGUUAAAAACUGCGUUUUGAGGACUGUGAGAUGUUUGUUCUAUCUUAUGAACCAGUUGGUCCCAACCAUCUGUUUUAGCCUGAUUUCUGCCACUACCAUUUAGCUUAUUCUAUCUCACUUCAGUUUCCUGCAACAUGGACCGCCGUGAUACCUCGGGCUUUGUUAGUGGUGGAUGCAAGGACUUCUACAAAGUCCACUAUUCUUAAUUGUCUGUAAAUUUAGAUCUAGAUUUUCUGACUGUAUUAGUCUUAAGAUAGGCUAAUUUUUUUCUGGAGAAAUCUUUUGGCAGUAGUAGUCAUGGACAACAGGUUUGGACACCCAGGAUUCGCUAAUGUUUCUUCUUAUUCUUUUGGGGGUUGGAGCACAAUCACAGCAGGAGCUGCAAAUCAUACAGAUACCAUCUUAAGGCUUGAUUCUACAGUUUCAAAAGGGAUAAAGAGGAAGUGGGUUGAUUUUAAUGCAAUUGAGCAUCUGGGAAGCACUUCACUCUCGCUAGAUUUGGGCCGCCCGUCGAGUUCAUCUGAUAGCAGCAAACAAAGCUUGGCAACAGCUUGCACUGUGUCUUCCUCUAAGGAAAGUGAUGUCGAGUCCUCGAUGGAUCUGGACUUGAAUUUUCAGCUUAGUCUUGGCAACGAGAGUGCCCCGAGCCUGAAGAUUCCGGCUUCUGCUGCUCCAAAGUCAUUGGCAAGUGAUCAUAAAUUUGACCUUCAGCUGAGUCUCUCGGUGGGGCCUUCUGAAUCUGUCAUCACAAAUGCUAAUACAAUUCCAGCUUCGCCUCAUCAGGAUGUAUUCCAUAAUUUGGUAACUGUUGUUUCAGUGCCGACAGUUGAUGAAGGAUCAACAUCUUCUCGGUGGAAAACUGGGAAUAAUCUUUCACCCUAUAUACAUAUCUCUGAGGAGAAUGCAGCAUUCCUAUCUAAAAAAGUUAUUCCUGGAAAGCCUAUUCAGUCUUAUGUUCCGCAACUCCCACCAACUUCAGUACAAAACUUGAAAAGUCCGACCGCCUCGACUUCUGAAGUUGUUCUACUGCCACAGCGCAGCAGCAGUGCUAAGAAUUGCCAGUUUCUGGGUUGCGGGAAAGGAGCUAGAGGAGCUUCUGGGUUCUGCAUAGCCCACGGUGGAGGUCGGAGGUGCCAGAAAGUAGGUUGUCAGAAGGGGGCUGAGGGCCGGACCAUCUUUUGCAAAGCGCACGGAGGGGGCCGGAGGUGCCAAUUCCUUGGGUGCACUAAAAGUGCUGAGGGCCGGACUGACUGCUGCAUAGCUCACGGCGGCGGGCGGCGCUGCAGCCAGGAGGGGUGCGCUCGUGCAGCCAGAGGGAGGUCCGGCCGCUGCAUCAAGCAUGGUGGCGGCAAGAGGUGCCAGAUGGAGAACUGUACACGGAGUGCGGAAGGCCGAUCUGGCCUAUGCAUCUCCCAUGGAGGGGGGCGAAGGUGCCAGUUCCCUGAGUGCAAGAAGGGAGCUCAGGGCAGCACAAUGUUCUGCAAGGCGCAUGGAGGGGGCAAGAGGUGUACUUUUCCAGGAUGCAACAAGGGAGCUGAGGGGAGCACGCCUUACUGCAAAGGACACGGCGGGGGAAAGCGUUGUUCGUUUCCAGGAGGUUGCCAUAAGAGCGUGCAUGGCGGGACCCAGUUCUGCGUUGCCCAUGGUGGGGGCAAAAGGUGUGCGUUCCCUGACUGCACGAAGAGUGCGAGGGGGCGGACAGACUACUGCGUCCGUCAUGGAGGGGGCAAGCGCUGCAAGUUCGAUGGAUGUGGGAAGAGCGCGCAGGGGAGCACUGAUUACUGCAAGGCGCAUGGGGGAGGCAAGCGGUGCACGUGGGGUCAAGCUGGGUCAGGUUUUGGCAUGGGGAGUGCUCCUUGUGACCGCUUUGCUAGGGGAAAGAUUGGCCUUUGUGCUAUUCAUACUGCAUUGGUGGAAGACCACCGUGUUCAUGGAGUUAAUACUGUCGGAGCUGUUAAUGCGGAACCUGAAGGCAGGGUGCAUGGUGGAAGUGUAUUUUCAAUGUUGUCCAGCAGUUCUACUUCUGGAAGCAGCAACAGUGGCCAAGGUGAGAAUGGUGUUAUUCCGAAUGGUUUGCUUCACAAUUGGCUCUAGAACUUAAAACUGCUAACCUGAUAUCUCCAUCCAACUCAGUCUGAUUUGCUUCUCUGUAUCGCCUAGUUUGGAAAAAAUUUCGCUAAAUGAAACCGCUUUGAUGCUUUGGAGCCCCCAAAAUUUUAUGAGUGUUUGGAAACUUUGCUCCAAUGCUACCGGAUAUUGGAAUCAUAGUGAAGCUCAAAACCCCUUGCAGAAUAUUCGGGGACUUCAAAACAUUGAAGUGGUUAUGUUUGAGAAACACAUUCCUGAACUCGGCCUAGGUCUGGGCUACUACUGUUGAUCCUUUUUUUUUUUUUUUUUCAUUCGUAAGGUAUCUCUGCUGUCUUAAAAUGUGGUAAUCAAGUUUCUGAUUCGUCAUCUGUAGUGCUUGCAACUUGCUUGUGAUUCGUCCAAGUCCCCUUUUGUGAAAUAAAUAAGGGGGGGAAAGAAACUGUUGUCUAUGUUAAGCUUGUUAGUUGUAUACCAAAUGGAAGGUUUAGAUCUCUGUUCUAGGAUUGAUAGGUUUUUCUCGAUUGCAAACAACUUGUAUAUGUUUGGUUCUGUGAAUACAGGUUAGCUUUGUUGGAAGCUUCUUGCGAAUGCCUAUGGAACUGAAAAGUGAUACUGGUUCUUGUUGCAUUUUUUUUUUCAGUUUCAUUUUAUGUUAUUA